AGUGAUGGUAGUCGUGGCAGCAGCCAGGACCCGGAAGUAAAUGAAGUUGUACAAUAAUGUUGCUGAUAGUUCAGGUCAUGUCCGUUUUACCAGUGCAACGAUCAAGAUAAACACGGAGUUUGAGUGGAGUGAAAGCUAGUGACAUGACACGCGGUUCCCCUCCUAGACGGAAUAUACCAGCCUCAUCUGAUUAUUUGCUGUGAUAAACGAGGGAUGAAGCAUUAAAGCAGUACAACUAAUGGGAAAUAAACAUUUCGACAGGAAAAGAAAGAAAGUAACAAUAAUUUAUAAUUAAUUUAACCAACGAAACAUAUAUUCUGAUUUUCGGAUGAUGCGCAUCUAAGUGCAGAUACAUACCCAUACAUGUAUAUAUAUAUUUAAUAUUUUCAAUUUCUGUUGGUUUGUGUUGUUAAUUAAUUUAUUUUUCAUUUAACUGGAUAUAGAUGAUCUGACAUUGUUGUAAUUACUUGAUUUGUGGAAGAAACAAGUAGCUGUUCUUUCGUCUAUGCGUAAAGAAAAGGUGCGCGUAACAGCAACUUCGAGACGUGACAAUCUUUAAAGCUUUUAUUGUCUUCUUUAUCUACCUUAUUACCUGCCGCCAAAUAUUUCUGAUUUACUGAAUAAGGACUGGCUAGAAUUGUGGCUGCGCCUUAAAAUUCAAGGUUUUUGAUCACUCAGGUAAAAUUGAAAUAAAUUUCAGAAGUAAUUAUCCGUCGUCGCACCUUUUUUUUCUUACAAUAUUUUGUUUUUAAUAUAAACGAUAUAGAUAUAUAUAUAAAAAACACCUUUACUGUCAGCUAUUUUCUUAUCGAAAUAAUUCUCUUAAUUAUAAUAAAUAUACAGAUUAUCUUUCGUUCUUAGAAAUAAUAUAUGCCGGAGUUAUUAAGACUCUAUUUAAAGAAAAAGAAACCAUUGCUCAGGUGUUCGUGAAAUGCGAGGAUUUUUAUAAGUGGCACUCAUUGCUGGCGAAAUUUCAUCCGUUAAUCUUCUUGAUAAACAAUACUUUAUAAAUAAACAUACGCAAAAUAAUCCCGAACAGACUGGUUUUAAUUUAGCACAUGAAAACAGCUGUAUUUUUCCGACGAAAUAUAUUUCAUUAUACCGUCUCUGUCUCUCAAAAACAAGUUGUACCCAGUUUUCUCCAGAAAACGAGGUAUUUCUGACUUAAACAGAAUGAUCUACUGUGAAUAUAUAUUUAUGUAUUUAUAAAAAACAAAAAAGACAUUAUCGGACGCACAUAUCUUUUUGUAUUCAAGUAAUAGUUUUCUUUUAAUAAUCUAUUUUCUUUAUUAAAUUAGAAGAAACGUUUCGAAGGUAUUGAAAAAAGAAAGGCUUAAAAAUGUGGGGUGAACUGCGAUCCUAUGUCGUCGAAAUGGUUUAUACCUGUUUUUUCCUCUCUUGGCACAUGACUUUACCACUUUUUCAAGAAUACGUUCAAGCUGAAAUCUCCAAAAAAUACCACCUUGAUACAUCGGAUUUUAAGAAAGGCAACAGUUACAGUGGCAACUUCCAUCCACCAAACACAGAUAAUAUAACAACUCCGAGCACUUCAGCUCAAGAGGAAAGUGCUAUAUCCAUUCUUAGUCUUCAGAUCGCUGAGGGUCUCCCAGCAGUUGUGUCUGUCAUUAUUCUGGGAGCCGUUGGCGAUCGUACAGGUCGACGCAAGAUCAUGAUUGUUUUACCAACCUUAGGAAUCACUGCUUAUUCUUUACUCUACAUCCUCAUUUUAUAUACAGGCUGGAAUAUCGAUGGACUUUUCAUGGCGUCAGCCCUACGAGGACUUAGUGGCAGUUCUGUGUCUUUAAUGGCUGGAUCUUCUUUUUAUGCGAUAAAUUCAGUAGCCCCAGAAAAUCGAUCAUCACGUCUUGCUGUGCAAGAAUUUAUUAAUGGCGCUACUUAUGCAAUAGGAAACAUUGUUGUGGGCGUUUGGGUUCAUUAUUCUGGGUUUCUCCAACCCUUCUGGUUUACAUUUUGCCUAUCUUUAUUUUCCGUCUUUCUCGUCGUGUUCGGCGUGGAAGAAAUACAAACAGCACGCCGCACUGAACCUUCCACUGAAAACUGUUGCUAUGACACAUUCCAACCGUUACUAAAAUUAUUCAAAUGCAAAGAUGCCGCUUUGCUGAAGAUAUGGUUUGCCAUCCUUGCUUUCCAGACGUAUGCCAUGGUUCACAUUGGACAACUUAACACAUUGGUACUUUAUCUACUCGGCAAACCGUUUGUAUGGCCAUCGGUUAAAAUUGGUAUCUUUCUAUCGGUUGGAAUGGCCUGUUCAGCUUUGGGAACAGUUCUAGCAGUACCGUUUUUACGUUACCAUGUAUCGGAUACAACUAUCGCUGCUGUCGGACUUGUAUCAAAAGCUGCCGGAACUUUAUGGAUUGGAGUCAUACAAAGUGAAGCCGUUCUCUAUUUCUCUAUUCUACUCCUUGCAUUCCAAUUACUUCCUUUUCCAAUGAUGCGUGCCAUUGUCUCUCGUGGUAUACACCCAACUGAUCAAGGUUCCCUCUUUGCUCUGAUGCAUUGUGCCGAGAGUUUGAUUCACUUCUUGUCACCUUUGAUAUUUACGGUCAUUUAUGCCAGCACCCUGAGGUUUUAUACCGGUUUUAUAUUUAUAGUAGCAGCCAUAAUAUUACUUAUACCCGCAGGAUUUACACUUGGAAUCAAAUACCUGGAUUCUAAGAUCAGUGUUGAUUACCAAGCUAUGGAAGACCGAGGUACAGAACUUGCAGCAUCUCCCAGUGUCGCCAGUAGUUCGAACUUUGAUGACUUAGCUUCUCUUGCUUCUUCACAAAACAAUGCUCCAAUCAGUACAAUUUCAGUCUCUUAGUCAACGACAAUCUUCAAAUUUGUUUUCUUUAUAUUCUGCAGAAGUACUUUAUUUAUAUUGUUUUAUUCAAUUUGAGAAAUUCCAAAUUUUUGUAAUGUUUAUUUUUGUGUAUGAGCCUACACUUUCUUUAUUUACUUUACCUUUUAAUCACCUUGCUCAAUCUAGCUACCAAAAAUCACCCUCCCCCAAUUGACUCCCUAGAAGUGGGGCCACACAUUUGAAGUGUGAAAUUUUAGACCUGUGUGUCCCCCAAUAGAGACAGGCUGCUCACAGAAAGAAAUGUCAGCAGACUUUUGUUUGAUUGUUUAACUCUGUUGUACCAUAUGCUCAGUAGGGUACCCACAGCAACCAUCUUACCUCUUACCCACCUGCAGAGAUCUGUUUGUCACAUUUAAGAGAGACUACUGAAAAAAAAUUAAAAGGCCCCCAGCAGCAACAAUAAUGGUAACACAGCUCACUCAUCUGAGAAACACAUGCCAAGAUUACGUUAUACAGAAAUUACAUAAGAAAAAGUAUAUUCUUAAUGAACUACCAUCCAAAUAGCUAUGUGUAUGCAUACACACAUAAAUAUAUGUGUGUACACAUAGCUACUAAUAUCACUACAUAGUGUUACUAUUGAAUUUACUAUGCCUACAAAAUAUAGCAUCAAUUGAUGUUGAGUUCGAAAGGAGGAGUUACUUACCAAAUAAUGAUUGCAUGUUUUAUGAUAAUUUCCUUCACUUUUAGUUUUAUUUAUAUUUAAGGUUUUCUAAAUUUGUUUUACUACUUACUUUAUAUAAAUAUUGUACAUAUGUACAUUCUUGCACACAUAUAUUUGUAAGUGAUACUAACAGGAA